AAACCUCAGUUAGAAGCCGGGGAAGGGGGUCGGGGAGGGGGGCGGUAAGAUCCCUUUUGGGAAACAGCCUGGCCCCGGUUUGGAACAUGGGCAGCCGACUGCCCGUUUCCUGUGGGCUCGCUGUCAUCCUGACCGCUCUCUGUGCAGUCUCUGGGAAUUCCAAGUUCAGCGUGGGUCAGUAUCCGGAAAUCCUGAACGAGACAGUCGGUUCCAACGCAACUUUCUACUGCAGUUUCCCGUUCGCUCGGGAUGUUUCCAAGGUCCAGGUGAACUGGUGGAGGGACGGGGAGCGGGGCUUUCUCCAGAGAAGCAGCGAUUUCAGGUAUCACUUCGAAAUCCGGAAUAAAGCCAGCGCCGCCUUUCACAUUCUGCAUGUGGAUGUGUCUGAUUCCGGGCUCUAUUACUGCCGCGUUAGCAACCAGGGCAAAGCGGGGCAAGGCAGCGGCUCACGGCUCCUGGUCACCGCUUCCCCGAAUUCUCCGCAGAUUGACGCCACCCUGUUCGGGAGAGGGUCCGGGAUCUUCCUCAGGCUCGCCUGUCUCUCUGGGGCCUUUCACUCGGACCAGCUGAGUGUCCGUUGGUUUGUGAACGGCAGCGAGGUGCUGAGCGGGAUCCGCAGCCAGGUCGAGCCGAGGCCGGGCCAAGGGUUCGAGGCUUCCAGUUACCUGGAGGAGACGCGGCCGGUUCGCAAUGGGACGCUUUACAGCUGCCGGCUGUCGUUCAGUGGGAAGCAAGUGGAAGUCCGGUACACCUACAUCUCCGGUGCUGAAGCUUUUGCAGAGCCAGACUCAGGUGUUCUGCCUUGGUGGAUCUAUAUCGCUGUCGGGAGUGGGGUUUUCCUCCUGCUGCUUCUGAUUAUUACAAUAAUACUUUGUAAAUUCUGCAGAGGCAGAAGACGAAAAAGAGGAGAACACAGAUGUGUUCAGCAUAUGCAGAAACCAACUAAUUUCAAGAUGGCAUAUACAGCUAUGGAUUCCAGUGGCCCUUCAACAGAUACAAAGCACCAGUAUGUGGAAAAGAAAACAGCUUGUCCCCCCGUCCCACUAAGAAACCCACAGAAAAACAACAAACUUAUUUAUGCCUCACCACAACUCAGAAAGCAACAGGGCCGAAAAUGAACCACACUGUGCAGUGAGCACACAUGCAGCACAGCAGUUACUAGCAAGAAGUUGGUUCUCCAACCUUAGCUCGACAUGAAUUAACAUGCCAAUGCAACAGCAUCUUUUAAAAUGGUUAAUUAAAAUGAUAAUAUUGUCAGUAAGUUUUAUUUUACUUUGUCCCCUCAAGAAUGUUGCUGAAUAAGAACUUUUGUGUUAUAAAUAUAACAAAUGAUAUGACAAUAACUGAUGUUAAUGACAGUAGCCUAAUAUUAGGCAACCGUUGGCUGAGUGCAGUGCUCGGUAAAGGAAUUGUGUAGUCUUCACAAAUUAAAACCAAAAGCUGAAAUUGGAUUUGAAAAUUACAACAAAAAUAUCCAAUUGUCUCUCCAACCCUUCCCCUAUCCCAACAUCCUUACCUUGAACAGCACAAAGUACAUUAGCAAACACAUCAUGCACAGCACUUUCCUAUGAGCAUUUGACAAUUCUGCUGUUCUUGUUUGAUGGUGCAGAAUUGUGAGUGGCACGGUGGCACAGUGGUUAGCACUGCUGCCUCACAGCGCCAGAGACCCGGGUUCAAUUCCUGCCUCAG